AUGCCUCGCUUUGUUCCCAGACAGCGCAAGCACAAAGUCCGACGGCGCGACACUGUCCAAGAUGGGAGCAACAACUCCAACACCAAUCAGAUCCAGAUCCUACCUCAAUCGAAAGAGGAGAAAGAGGGGACGCGGCGAAAGCUCAAGGAAGAGCUGAGGGCCGGACAGUCCAAUAUCUCCAGCAAGAAGCAGAAACGGCUGGACAAGUACAUUGACACCAAGCUCAAGAAGGACGAAAAUCUUGACUUGAUAAAGAAAUUGUCACAAGCUAAAUUCGACACCAGUCAAUUGCAAAGCUCGAAGCAUCUGGGAAAGCGGAAGCACGCUCAAUAUGCUGCUGAUAUUGACCCUCGCAAAAAAGACCUUGCAGAUGGUAACCGGAAGCCAGAUGACUCUGACGAGUCUGAUCUGGAAAGUACAGAUUCCUUUGGGCAACAACACGAGCAUUCCUCCUCCAGCUCCUUCGAACCGAGACGUCAGAACCAGGACCUACCAUUGAAGCCCGUGGUAAUGCAGGGUAGUGGGCUUAGACAGCCACUGGAGGUGGACAGUAAUGGUUUGCCCGUAAUACACAAUAAAAGGAAGAAGGCAAAACGAAAAAGCAUAGAAGAUGAUUGCUGGGAAGGUUUUGGCACCGAGUCAGAUGCUGAAGUGCAGUCGCCAAAGCAUUGCGAUGAUAUGCGAUAUGGCGGGCUGGUGGCAGGAUCCACAACGGAUAUCGAUGAAGAAUCAGCAGAAGACCUUGAUUUCAGCACUACGGACUCUAGUGAAAGCGGAUACGAAAGCAGUCCAGAUGGUGAUGAUGCAGGAGGAAAGAUCAAAAUUGCACCUCGAGUUUCAGCGUUCAAGUCAUGGGCGACGCAACAGAUCAAUGAGUCUUUAGGCCAUGUUCCAUUUCAGGGGAGAGAUUGCACUCAACCAUCCAAACCUGUGACUGCUACAGUGCAGACGAUUGUACCUACACGGGCUCCCGAUGUUGGCAUGGUACAGGAGGAACGAAAAGAUGGACUUGGCAGAAAGAUCUGUAAUGUGCCAGUCACCCGCACCGCCGAGAUAGGGGCAUCGCGCGAGAAACUUCCCAUCGUAGCAGAGGAGCAGAAAAUCAUGGAAGCCAUUCAUAACAACCCGUGCGUCAUUGUCUGGGGCACGACUGGCAGUGGAAAGACAACCCAGGUUCCCCAAUUCCUCUUCGAGGCUGGAUAUGGCAGUCAUGAUAGUUCCACCCCGGGGAUUAUUGGCAUCACGCAACCCCGACGAGUGGCAGCUGUAAGUAUGGCAAAGCGAGUCGGCGAAGAACUCGGGCAAUAUUCAGGAAAAGUCUCGUACCAGAUCCGCUUUGAGUCCACUACUUCCAAAGACACUGCAAUCAAAUUCAUGACUGAUGGCAUCUUACUUCGGGAGAUCUCGCAAGACUUUGCUCUAUUGAAUUACUCUAUUAUCAUCAUUGAUGAAGCACAUGAAAGGAGUGUCAACACUGAUAUUCUCAUUGGCAUGCUGAGCAGAAUCGUGGAUCUACGGAAGAAGAUGAGCUCAGAAGAUUCCGAGGUCAGGCCACUCAAACUAGUCAUCAUGUCGGCUACGCUGCGAGUAUCAGAUUUCUUGAAGAAUUCACAUCUCUUCCCUGCAGCUUUACCUCCUUUGAUCCAGGCGGAGGGCAGACAAUUUCCGGUCACGACUCACUUUGCUCGACGUACAGAAAGAGAUUAUCUUGAAGAAGCCUUUCGUAAAGUCAGCCGUGGACAUCGUAAGCUCCCGCCAGGUGGUAUGUUGGUCUUUCUGACGGGCCAGAACGAAAUCAAAAGCCUUCUCAAGCGAUUACAUGACACCUUUCGCUCGUCGAAUCGAUCGGCAGUUGAUUCGAUGAGAGUGCAGCUUUCUGCCAGCGAAGGCCCGUUAGAAGUUGAUGACCUCGAACUUGGUACUGCGGAGGACGCAGAUAUUGAGGAAGAGGAUAGUGAGGACGAGGAUAGUGAGGACGAGGAUAGUGAGGUUGACUUUGUUGGCCAUGACGGUGAAGAUGAAGAUAUUGCUUUUGACAUUGGCGAACCUGUUACGGCUUCGUUGACCGUGCAUAUACUACCUCUGUAUUCACAGUUGCCCACGAAAGAGCAACUCAGAGUCUUUGAAAUACCACCAGACGGCUCACGGCUGAUUGUGCUAGCCACCAAUGUUGCCGAAACUAGUUUGACCAUCCCUGGAAUCCGCUAUGUUUUUGACUGUGGAAGAAGCAAAGAACGAGUAUAUGACCAAUCUACCGGGGUACAGAAGUUCGAGGUCAACUGGAUAAGCAAAGCAAGCGCAGAGCAGCGAGCCGGACGGGCAGGUCGAACGGGUCCUGGUCACUGUUACAGGCUGUAUUCGUCAGCAGUGUACGAGCGUGACUUUGUCGAGCAUACAGGUCCGGAGAUCCUAAGGACACCUAUUGAGAGUCUUGUGUUACAGAUGAAAACGAUGGGCCUCGACAAUGUAGUCAAUUUCCCCUUUCCAACUGCUCCUGAACGAAGCAGCAUUCUCAGGGCGGAGAAACUCCUGAAGAACCUUGGCGCUCUGACACCUACCGGCCGGGUCACCCAGUUAGGCCACCGUCUUUCGAUUUAUCCACUAUCGCCACGGUUUGGCAAGAUGCUUGCAAUUGGCGCGCAGCAUGAUUGCUUGCCAUAUGUCAUUGCCCUUGUCUCCGGGCUUGCUGAGGGUGAUAUCUUCGUGCCUGAGAAUCAGCUCGAGCUGAAUCCCAAAGAACGUGGAGAGGACGAAGUGUACACCAAUGAUGAUAGAUUGGAAGACAGCGCCAGAGAACAGCGUCAGAAAAACUAUAACAGGGCUCGAGCGAUAUUCAGCAAAAACGACCCAACAUCUGACGCUCUGAAACUACUAUCAGCAGUAUGUGCCUACGCAUACGCUCAAGACGGCGACGCCUUCUGCCGCCAAAUGUUCCUCCGCAGCAAGGCUCUGAAAGAGGUCUCCCAGCUCCGAAAACAACUCAGCGACAUCGUGCGAGCCAACCACCCACAAUCCAUCGGCCCCUACCUGUCCCGCCUGCCCACCCCGUCGCCUAAACAACUGAAAGCCCUAAACCAAAUCGUCGCAGCCGGAUUCAUCGACCAGGUCGCCAUCCGCGCAGACCUCGCCCCCAACCCACCCAUCUCUCCUCGUAAGCCUCAACGAGCAAUCGACGUCCCUUAUCUCGCCCUGUCCCCAUCAUCCACAAACACCACCAGCGGAACCACAUCCUCGGACCCAGCAAUCUACAUGCACCCCUCCUCCAUCCUCUCCCCACUCUCCCCCAAAUCUCUCCCGCAAUACCUCAUCUAUUCCCACCUCCAGCAAUCCGCCCCUUCCCUGAUCACCUCCUCUUCUUCUUCUGAGAAACAGCAAGCAGGCCCGAAAAUCCGCAUGUUCCCCCUCACGGCCGUCAGUGGAGCGCAGCUCUCGGCGCUGGCGCAUGGCACGCCGCUGCUGGAGUAUUGGCGGGGUGCCCGAACGGAGGGAGGCGUGGCUUGUCCCGUCGCUGAAGAAUGGUGA